AACAGACAUCAAGUGUUUCUUCUGUUCUUGUUUCACAACUACCAGAUGUUGCAAAACAAGACAUAAAACAAAAAACUGACUCAAACAUCAUUUAUGCAACAUCAGGGAUGUCCAUUGAUGGCACCUUGUACGAAGUUGGGAUGUUUGUUUCAGUAGGUCAGGAAGGAGGACUCCCUCUGUUUAGCAAAGUUGAAAACAUCCUCAUUGUUAACAACAAUGUAACUUUUCUUUGCAAUGAUUACAAAUCUUUUUACUUGGAACAUUUGAGAUCAUUUGAAUUGUUACCGGGAAAUAUUGCUGUUCAUAGCAUUUUGGAGCUUAAUGAUAACUUGCCACUCUGUGCUUACAAUGUCAGUGGCAAACUGCUGUUAUCACCGAAACGCUUUGUACUUCCUGUUAGAAAGUGAUGUUACUGUGAAUUAUUAGUAAGGUCAUGUAACCCUUUUGUUUCUUUUUAUUCUAUUAUUCAGACAUGGCAGCUCCCACAAAGUUCAUGCUUAGAGUUUUUAUUGCUCCAGAGGUAGCUGUGAAGUUGACCCUAACUGAGCGCCCCAAUUCAGUAGAGGAUCUAAUCCAAACACUGCAAGAAAAAUGCAGGCCAAGGCUUGACUAUGAGUUCACUCUACACUAUGAAGAUCCAGAUUUCGAUGGUCAGCUCUGUUGUCUGGUUGACAUUGAAGAUUUACCUGAAAAGGGGACACUCCAGGUGGUCAGAUCUGAAGUUGACAAUGUCUCAUUACAAAGCUCCGACACUGAAAUCCUUCCUCAUGCACCCAUUAGCAACCGACUGAAAACCUGGCCAGACAACUUCAGUGUCCCCACCUUUUCCUAUGAAGUGGAGCAUCUUCUUCAAGAAGCCAAUGCUGCUUAUGAACAGUCAGGGAAAACAAUCACUUUGACAAGAUCCCAAAAAAGCAGCAUCCUGGAAAGCAUGGCCACAGCAGUCAUGCAUUUUAAGCCUUAUCCAACUGAAAAAAACAUAGCCAUGGCAGCAGAAGCUCUUGUGACGGCUCAUCCGUGUCUCAAAGAGAAGAGUAGUGAAAGUGGAUGGUAUGGAUGGAAGUGGAGCUUGCAGUACAAAAUGGGGAAUUUCUGUAGUAAGCUAGCCAAAGCCGGAUGCCUGGAAGUUGCUGUAAAUUCAGGCAGAAGAAGCCUCAACAAUCCUGACAAAGAGCACCCACACCAGAAUGUAAAAAAAGCCAAGCGUGCCGAGGUGAACUACCUGCCAAAUUUCCCUAAAGGUCAAGAUGCUACCAGCCUUGAAAAUGUUAGGCUCCAAAUCAUGCAAGAAGUCGAGAGAAGUGAAAAAAACCUUGUGAUGAUUGACAAGCUCAUGCAGAUGACCUUUGCACUUCGUCGACUUGAGAUUGUCAAGGGAGACCUAAUGAUCGGCGAGUUCCUACAGAAAUGGCCUGCUCUUCGCAUUGAUUCACAGAUUUGUGCAGAGUUUCAUCGCAUCACAAAUGUCAACUUGCGAAACCAGUUUUAUUCUGAACUGGACAACCUGACACCACGACUGCUGAUCUUGUUGAGACAGAAAGCGGCACGAACUGGCAAGACUUCAGAGGCUCUGAGCGGCAUGCUGAAGCUGUAUGAUAAGCAGCAAGAACAGGAUGCUGAUAUCAGACGUACUCUUGUCCUGCACGGACUUCCAAUAUACCUACGAGAGGAGGAGCCACAAUUCUUCAAAGUUUGGAAUAUUGAAGAAUCUCCCGAGCCAGACAUCAGCAACACCAUUGUUGGUAUUCUGACCAUUGUAAACGAGAACAGUACAACCCCAAUGCACUUCAGUCCGGUCAGUGCAGCAGUUGUAGUGGAGGACGAGCUUGUGGUAGGCGACAUUGCCAAGUGGGCUGAUGCAUUUGUGUUGUUGUUUGGAUUGUUUUAUGUCUUGCAUCUAGACUAUCCAAAAAACCUUGUUCACACAUUUACAUUCGUCCAGAAACUACUGAUGGGCCUUGAGGACGGAAAACAGUUGAAACCAUGUCUUCUUCGCCUCAAACAUGAUCAGUUACUGCCAGAGUAACUUGUGUAGAUGCUGGCACUACACAUAGACAUGUUAAUGUUGAUAAAUGUGAAACUGUUCUAAGGUUGUUGAUACCUUGCAUUAGAAGUUUUACUAAACUUUAGUAAAGUUUCAUACAAAAUUCUGUAAGUUUAUGGAGAUCUGCUGCUAUCUGUUCCCGACAGCCUUACAUUUGUGGAGACCUUCACAAAUAUGCCCCUAGAUAUGCCCCUGUUUAAUAUUCUAUUUAACUUUGUCCUGUAACGAAAAUAUGUAAGAAAAUGCUCUAUCAUUAUUUUUUGUUGUUUUAAAUGUUCCCUAAAUUCUAUUUGUCAAUAUUUCAAAAGGGAACAAUUGGUAAAAACUAAAGUAAAAAGUUUUCUGUUAUACGAAUACUA